AUGUCCUCAACGACCACAGGCUCCUCUUCCAGUGCCACUAGUACAGAUCGUAAUGGGAAUAACAACAGCUCAAGCCCUACUAGUUCGCCUCUACUAUUUUUCGUCGCCCUCGGGUUUGGUGUUGUUUUCACCAAUCUAUGGAUCAUCGUUGGUGUGAAAUAUUGCUUUCGAUAUAACCAACGCAAUCGCCAACUACGCAGUGAAGAGACAGGCGAGCCUAUAGAUCUGGUCGCCAUGCCACGAACGCACCGAAGACGCCGAGAAAAGAAGCUGAUGACUAUGGACGACGUCAACGAGAGGUUUCCACUGACCAAGUAUAAAGCAUGGAGGCCAUCCCGUGAGAAUGAAGGCCUUUCCACUGCAGGCGGGAUUUCGGCACCAAAUAGCCGGUCGCAAAGCCUCAAGGAUGAGAACUACAUGAUAUCUGCUUCGCUUGGCGCACCUUCAUCCAUGCUGGCAUCGCCACUCAAAAGCCAUCAGCGGGUUGAUUCAAACACUUCGCAGACGUCUGCACCACUAGAAGACCUGGAGACAACGCUACCACAUUCUGAAGAGAAGAGCCAGAGAUAUCCCGAGGCAAACAUCGGAGUAAACGACAACGCCAACAUAUCAACCCCGGAGCAGCCCCGUAACCACGCGCUCAACCAUGUCAUCGUAGAGGAUGUUGGAGAUCUCGAGGACCAUAUCCGCACCGCUGUACCUGCCGAUUUCCUGGCAAAUCCAGGUGAUACUUGUGCUAUCUGUCUCGAUACGAUCGAGGAUGAAGAUGAUAUACGGGGGCUUACAUGUGGACAUGCUUUUCAUGCUUCUUGUGUUGACCCAUGGUUGACAAGUCGACGGGCUUGCUGUCCCCUAUGUAAAGCAGAUUACUACAUCCCGAAACCUCGCGCAGAAACUUCUGAAUUGCCUCCUAGUUCAGAACGACAGGGUCGACGUGGCAUGACACGAAUGACACCUAUAAACCCGCCACAGGCUGUUUUUAUAGGUGGAAGAGUGAACUUUCUGCGGUCGUCGUCGGGUUUCCCGGAGCAGCAUGCGCAACGGCGCCCCUUGACCCACAGAGCGGGCUUCUCGCGCUUGCGCCUUUGGCGAGCGCCUCAAUCUAACCACCAGCCUACAUCUCCUGUGCCUGACACUUCGUCUGCACAGCCAGGUCGGAGGGACCAAAGGUUAGGGAUUUUCACUGCAUCUUACUUUCCCCUGAACUUCGGUUUCCGAGGCAAUCGUGCAUCGAGAGGAGUUGCGAAUAGAAACGCAGACGUCCGUUAUUCAGAUAACAACCGAACGCUUGGUGAACUUGAAGCAGGACCUUCUAUAUGA